AAAAUAUUAUGACAGUGAUUAUUCAAUUUUACUCUACUCGAUGUUUGUGCUUGAACGGUUUGAACAUUACGGUGGAUGCAGCAAACUUGUGCAAAUUUAAAUUCGGCAAUCCCUGUGAAUAUGUGCGGUAGUGCGUUGUACUACAUUCAUUCUUUGUUUUCGAUAUCGAACAGGGUGAACGUACCUCCAAAAAAUAAUUUGCGUUGAUAUUGAUGGGAAUUGGAUAGGCAAUUGAUUAGCAGCGAAUGAUUAGUGAUGUGCUUUCGCCAGUUCUGUUCCAAUUUAAGGUUGAAGUGUUGGCACCAGAAUGAUGAUGAGAAUGAUGUGUUGAUGUACCAAAUAUCUAUCAAUGAUCAUCACAAUCCCCAGAACGGAGAUCAACUGUUAGCCGGUCCAUCACUGGCCGGUCCUGCAGUACACCAACAGACGACGAACGAUGGCCUGAGAAAUCGAUCAAAAUUGACGUACAAUACGCAGCUUCCGUCCGAGCACACAUACCUGGGAAAGCUUAAACGCGUGGAAGCAUUGGAACGAUUAGUACCGGGUUCGAUUCAUCGUAUUCCAGUGAGUGGUCACCAGUCGAUCAUAUUUCCGGGGGAAACUAUUCCGUUCAUCCUGACAAAUGCGUUGCUGGAGUUCGACGGCAGUGAUAGUAAUCGCAUCGGGUUGGUGUUCUGGGAGCAUCCAUACAAGAAACGUAUUUUCGGCGUCAUCUGCGAAGUAUACGAAAAAGUGGUUCGCGACUCAAAUCUAGUACUCAAAACCACAGCGCAACAGAGAUUCGAGUUGGUACCCCAGGAAGAUGGAGCCUUGACACGGUCGGUUCAACGCGAAGGACGGGCCCAUUACUACGCGCAAGUAAAGAUUCUACCGGAAGUGUUGCUUCCAGAUCCAUUGACCAAUUUUUGCACCAACAACACGGCGAAGAUCAACAAUCUGGCCAGGAAUCGUUUGAUGGCGGCCCAGUCUAGUGUUUGGCCUAAAUUUGUCUACGAUCAGUACUGCUCAAAUGAGGUACUCAACAAAGUUAGGCGAUUCCUAGAAUUUUUACAAAUCGAGUCCGUACCCACGGCUGAUCCGGCGAUGCUGUCCUUCUGGCUGGCAAAGAACAUUCCUCUCAGUGACACCGACCGGAAGGAGCUGUUUUAUACGAACUCGGUUCUGACGCGGAUGUUGCUGGUUAACAGCAUUCUCGACUACACAUGCUCAUGCUGCUGUAAAAAAUGUAACCGCCGGAUUGCCAACUAUGCGGACAUGUUUGCCAUGUCCAAGCAGGGCGUUAGCGGAAGUUACUGCAAUCCAUCCGGGUUCGUGCACGAAACGCUGACCGUUUAUCGAGUUGUUCCGCAGUCGACGCGAACCACCACUAAGCCGUCGACCGAUUUCAGCUGGUUCCCGGGUUACUCAUGGCAGAUAGCGGUUUGCAACGCAUGCAACAAUCACAUCGGAUGGAAGUUUAUCGCAACCAAACGAGGUUACAAACCAAAGAAAUUUUACGGCCUCUGCGGUGAAACAAUUCGUGUGACAUCAGAUCACAAGCCGCUGUUUGGGACCAAUCGCAAGUCCAUCGCCAAUGUGGCAUAAAACUUUCUACAUGGAGCGGCUUCGAUUGCAUUUCAUCAAAUGAAAAAGAGAGAGAGGAAGCGGUGAACUGAACGAGAGAAACGAUAGACUGGAUUACAGCAGAGAUUUUUUUCCCACUCGGUGGGACCUAGUGAAUUCUUCACCUUUCUAUUCUACAAACUGUUUGUGUGCUGUGUUUAGAACAAUAGACGAACAAAUAAAUGUUUCAGACUCUUAA